CUUUAUUCCUUCCUUCAACCAACUUUGUUUUCUCUCAAUAAACCCAAUUUUGAAGAACCCCAAAAUCUCCCAACUCGAACACCACAGUCACUCUCCCUGACACCUCACCAAAUUAGCAGUCUCGAAACAACACUCCACAAAUCACUCACUACUCAAACAGAUGAAGCUUGGAAAUCAUUCAAAACACUCACUACCCACAAUUCCUUCCCAUCUAAACCCCUCACCAAUUCCCUCCUCACUCACUUAUCCUCUCUCGCUGAUAUUCACAAUCUCAAAAGAGCUUUCGCUUCCACUCUCUUUCUCAUCCAUAAAAACCCUAAUAUUCUCCAUUCUUAAACUAUCCAUACCAUUCUUCUUUCCAUGAAAUCUGCCAACACUGCUCCCCCUGCUUUUUCACUUCUCACCUCUCUCUUCCGUAACAGAUUUUUCAUCCAUAAUUGCAGGGUUGCUUCCGAUGAGAAGUUUGAUUUCAUGAUACCUGAUGUUUCUGCUUGUAAUGCUGCCCUUGAAGCUUGCUGUUUUCACCUCCAAUCCGUUACCGAUGCUGACGGAGUUGUUGGAAUUAUGUCCAAUCUUCGUGUUAAACCUGAUGAGUUUAGUUUUGGAUUUUUAGCUUAUUUAUACGCACUUAAAGGAUUACAAGAUAAGAAAGAUGAGUUAAAAGUUUUGAUCGGUGAAUUUGGUUAUUCAAACAAUAAAUGCUUUUAUUCUAAUUUGAUUAGUGGCCAUGUUAAGUCUGAUAAUUUAUCUUCUGCCGAGUUAACUAUUCUCAAUAGUUUGAAUGAUAAAGAUGGGGAAUAUUGGAAUUUUGAUAGAGACACUUUUUGUGUUCUAGUUAAGGAAUAUCUUCAGAAGGGGAACGUUAAGGGUUUAGCUAAUUUGAUUAUUGAAGCUCAGAAGUUAGAGACUUCAAAUAUCAAAGUUAACGAGUCUAUAGGUUUUGGUAUUGUUAGUGCAUGUGUUAGUAUUGGACUAUCGGAUAAAGCACAUAGUAUUCUUGAUGAAAUGAAUGCUUUGGGAGGCUCUGUGGGUCUUGGCGUCUAUGUACCGAUUUUGAAGGCUUACUGUAAAGAAAAUCGAACUGCUGAAGCUACUCUAUUGGUGAUGUAGAUUAGUAGUUCAGGUCUUCGGUUGGAUAUGGCAACCUAUGAUGCUCUGAUAGAAACAUCCAUGUCCGGUCAAGACUUUCAAUCGGCCUUUUCGUUGUUUAGGGACAUGAGAGAGGCGAGGGUUCCUGAUUUGAAAGGGAGUUACUUAACUAUAAUGACGGGUUUGAUGGAGAACCAUCGACCUGAGUUGAUGGCAGCUUUCUUAGAUGAGGUGGUUGAGGAUCCUCGUAUUGAAGUAGCUACUCAUGAUUGGAAUUCUAUAAUCCAUGCUUUUUGUAAAGCCAGGAGACUAGAAGAUGCAAGAAGGACUUUCAGAAGAAUGAUGUUCCUGCAAUUUGAGCCAAAUGAUCAGACAUACCUGUCUCUAAUUAACGGAUAUGUCUCGGCAGAGAAAUAUUUUGAUGUGAUGAUGUUGUGGAAUGAGGUUAAGCGCAAGUUACCAGUGGAUGGGCAGAAGGGGAUCAAAUUUGACCAGAAUCUAGUUGAUGCAUUCCUGUAUGCUAUGGUGAAGGGUGGUUUUUUUGAUGCUGUGAUGCAAGUUGUGGAGAAAUCUAAAGAGAUGAAAAUAUUUGUUGAUAAGUGGAGAUACAAGCAAGCAUUCAUGGAGACUCAUAAAAAGAUCAAAAUUGCUAGGUUAAGAAAAAAGAAUUUCAGAGAAAUGGAAGCGCUUAUUGCUUUCAAGAAUUGGGCUGGCUUAAAUGCAUGAACUGUAUGCACUGGUGGUGAGUGACCACUGCUUAUCUCAAGGAUUAAGCCAUCGCUUCUUGAUAAAACAGCUGAAAAUGACAUUUGAGGAAGGAUUCAUUUCAACACAGCAUGCAUGUUCUCUCAAGAAGCGUACUUCGAUUUCACAUGUUCCAAGCUCUUCAAUUUUUUACUUACUUCGGUAACAACGGAUGUUUGAGCCUGGCGGGUACCCCACAAUGUCCUAAUCUCUUUAUUGUUCUUGAUGCUAUACAAAGCAAUUAAUUGACAAUCUUAUAAUAAAUUUAGACUGCCAAGUGUAAUCAUUUUUACCAA